AUGGACUCCAUGGACCCUUCCUAUCCCGCCUUUCCAAUCUUCGCGUUCCUCAGCCUUUUACUCGUUCUUAUCCCUCUUCCCUGGCAUCUUCAAGCUUGGAAUUCGGGGACAUGCCUUUUCAUGAUAUGGACGGCGGUCGGCUGCCUUAACCAGUUUAUCAAUUCCAUCGUAUGGCACGGCAAUGCCAUCGACUGGGCGCCGGUAUGGUGCGAUAUCUCGACGCGCCUCAUGGUCGGAAUUUCUGUGGCGAUUCCCGCUGCCUCCCUGUGCAUUAACCGCCGGCUCUACAUGAUCGCUACAUGCCAGACUGUCACGAUAACUCGUGCUCAUAAGCGGCGCGCUGUUAUGGUCGAUCUGGCUAUUGGCCUUGGCAUCCCCGCUCUUCAGAUGGUACUCCAAUUCGUCGUCCAAGGUCAUCGAUAUGAUAUUUUUGAAGAUAUUGGAUGCUAUCCGACUACGGUCAAUACACCGGCUGCCUAUCCCCUAUCUUUCGUGUGGCCGAAUGCCAUUUGUCUUAUCUCGGUGAUUUAUUGCAUUCUGACCUUGCGUGCAUUUAUGAUGCGUCGCGCCCAGUUCAGCCAAUUCGUCUCAUCGAACACGUCCCUCUCCAUUAAUCGAUAUUUCCGUCUGAUGUGUCUUGCGACCUCGGAGGUGUUCUUUACUGUCCCCCUGUCCAGCUACGGACUCUACCUCAAUAUCACUUCAAGACCGAUUUAUCCCUGGAAGAGCUGGGCAGAUAUUCAUCACGCCUGGUAUGUAAUCGACACGUACCCCGGUAUUCUUUGGCGAUCCAGCCGCGUCGCCGUCGUCACGCUCGAGCUCGGUAGAUGGUCCUUGAUCCUCUGUGUACUUGUCUUCUUCGGUUUCUUCGGUUUCGCCGAUGAAGCACGUAAGAACUACAAGCGCGCCUAUUGGGCGGUCGUCAAACGCUUCGGCUUUGUGCCCCCUAGUGCAGACCCGAAGACAUCGCAACUCAAGGGACUCGUUCAUCCUCUGAAGAAUAACACAAACAGUACCCUCCCUGUCUUCGUACCUCAAAAAUCUGAAUCAGCGCCCACAAGACGCGAUUCCUUCCAUUCGACGAUGUCUCACGCCAGUGGCCACACAAGCGAUGACACCGCCACCCUGUACUCACCCCACACAUCGUCCGACAAGAAGGUCGACUUCUCUCAAUGGCCGCCGACACCGACCUCUUCUCGACUCUCACGUUCGACAAUCUAG